AUGCGCCUCCCCUCAGUCCUCUUUGCCCUUGGUGCAGCCUCCCUUGGGAUGGCAUACCAGCACGGCGAGAUUCCGAGCAACAUCGCUGUCCGAGCGAGCGCAGAUGGCGGGAUCGACUUCUUCCACGAGGAAGACCGAAGGAGUCUUGAAGCUGAUAUUCUCGCCAAACGCCAACUCACCCAAGCCGAGCCCGAAUCGGAUACCUACCCCGUCCAAGCCGACUCGGCCUCCGGACUCAAGCCCUUCAUCCCCGUCGGCGGCGCCGGCGGUAUCAGCAAAGCCAUCAGCAGGGCCAAGCGGCAGGACGGGGCCGGCGGCGCGGGUGCGGAUACGCCUGCGCCAGCGGUGGAUACGACGUCGGACGAGCCGGAGAGCGAUACGUACCCGGUCAGUAACGACGGGAGCGGGGUCAAGCCUUAG